AUGAGAUCCCAACGCCUCAUGCUCCUUGUCCUUGGGACACUGACUGUAUUCCUCGUUCUUGGGACCCUGGCAGUAGAGGCAGCUGUUGUUGGUGUUCCAGUCAAAGGUCAAGGCGCUGCCAAGGGUCAUGUCUUGGUCAAAGGACAAGAUCCGGUUAAAGGACAAGUUUCAGUUAAAGGUCAGAAACCCGUCAAAGGCCAAGAUCCUGCCAAAGAUCUAGUGUUCUCUAAGGCUGGCUCCUGCCCUGAAGUUUUUAUCCGGUGCGCCAUGUUAAAUCCUCCUAACCGCUGUCAGAGUGACACUGAAUGCCCAGAUAUCAAGAAGUGCUGUGUGGGUUCUUGUGGGAUGGCCUGCUUGAACCCCCUGUGA